AGUUGCGCGCGGGACCUCGAAAAGCUUGCCAGUCCGUAGCUCUUCGUAGACGCCUACACGUUUUCGCUACGCCGUAGUCGACAAAUACAAUGUGCUCAGUGAUUUGAACGUUGUGCCAUUUAUUGUUGUAAGCUGGUUUAGAUUUUAUUCUGAUACACACACUAUUUGCAGAUAACUAAGUUAUUCACAGUGAUUCUGUACUGAUUGGACAUUUAGUAAUCUGCAUAGAUUACGUCUACAUUUAAACGAAAAAGGACACAAAAUGUUCCGGUGUGGAUCUUUGUAAAGGCCGGCAUGCGAAAGAACAAUCUGUCCAAGUCGGUUUAAAUAUGAAGGAGCUUAUGAGGAUGGCGCACCAGAGCCGUCACGAAGCGGUCGUGACAUGACGUGUGGUCGCGACCUCACCUCUACAACUUACAAGAUGACUUCCAAGCUCGCCGCCCUCUUACUCUGGCUCGGUGGAAGUGUGCUGGGUCUUCGUGACAUCCAACUCAGCGUUCCAGAGGCAGUGGGCGUGGGUUCCAGUGCGAUCCUCGGCUGCCGAUGGGCGCUGGAUACAGGAGAAACGUUGUAUACGGUUAAAUGGUACCACGGAGCACAGGAGUUCUUCCGAUUCGUACCGAAAGAGCUUCCAAAUACCCGUGUCUUCUCUCAAACUGGUAUUAGUGUUGAUGUUUCACGAUCGGGUGCGCAGCAGGUGGUCCUGCGAGGGGCAAGCCGUGGUUUGAGUGGCAGGUACCGGUGUGAAGUGUCAGCGGACGCACCCUUCUUCCAUACUGUCUAUAAAAGUGCUUAUAUGAGAGUUGUAGAAUUGCCCGAAUCAGGCCCAAAAGUUCGUGCCCAAAAAAGUUGGUACUCUGUAGGUGAUAUGCUACGAGCUAAUUGCACGUCGCCUCCUGCCGAUCCAGCAGCUAAUUUGACUUGGUUGUUAAACGGACAAGAGGUAAAAGGCCUCGAUAUUCCAUUAGUGGAUACAACUUACCCAAGAAAGCCUGUGAUAACGGAUACGUCGCUCGAAGAUGCAAAUAGAAUUAUAUUUAGUCCAUGGGACACGAUUUCGGGGUACGAGGAUCCCGUUACCGAUAAUGUGAUAGACAUACCUGGUAAUAUUGCCGUACUGAGCAUACCCGAAGCUGUUGCCGAUGUUGCCAAGGAGACUACAACCAGUUCAAUGCCCAGGAUAGAGCAGAUUGCAAAUAAAUUUAACAUUAGCGAUGAGGAAAAAUCGAAUAAAUCAUCCUCAUACAGCCAGCUUGUUAUUAGAGUGCAGUCCGUGCAUUUUCAUAAGGGUCGUUUAAAUGUAACAUGCGUGGCUCACGUGUUGUCUAUUUGGUCGUCGAGUGGAGUACUUUUAUUGGAUGAAGAACGACCACAGAUUGCACCGGUGAUGGGAAGUAGGGAUUCUAAUUCAGGUCUACCUAAAUGUGCAUCAUCACUUAUAGCAGUCAUAAUACACAAUUUAUUUUUCUGCUGGCAAUGGUCAGUUCGAUGAUGGAAAAAAUUCGCAGAUUAUAUGUAAGAACUCGUUUUAAUCGACUAAAUAUCGUGUUAGACAAAAGUUUUAGUGAAGUUAAAGAAAACUAUGCAGGUAAUGAGAUUUCGUCGACAAAGUGGAUUAGUAGUGAAUUUUUAUACAUGUAAAUAAUAAAAUAGUUUUAAUUAAUAGUAAUCUGUAAGAAUGAUAGAAAUGAUUUUGCUUUACGAGCAUAUUGUAUGUAACUGUUAUUUCAAUGUAAAAAAUUCAGAUUAAACGUCAUCUCUGUUUUUAAA